AUGGGAACAUCUCCGGUGCCGGGUAGUCGAUACACGCAUACCAAUCCAGCGCUGGAUCUUUAUCGGGCUGAACGGAACGAUGUCCUGGAAAGCCCUACGUCUUCCUUUCAGACCGCAGUCAGGUCGCUCGAAGACGCACACACCAGCGGUCCCUCUGCACCAUAUCAGCGAAGGCGAAGUGAACAGAGCUCGCCUUCACACUUUCAAGAUGGGGAUCGCGAAUCAAGCCUCUUCGAUGCGCCGUUGGCCCACGCAAGUUUUGUUGACAUGCUGCUCUCAACAUGGCUGUCCCAUUUCGACUACCUUUACGACUCGGUGCAGGGGACCUCGCUGCAUUCCGACUGGCUGGAUGCCAAGCUCGCGCUUCCCCUCGCGUCUGGCCACCUUUCACUUUUGAGUAUUAUUCUUGCUUUGGUGUGUCAGCUGGCACCAGAGAAGACCAAGACAAUGUUGGCGGCAUGCGACUUGCCUCAGCCCGACUUAGUCAAGCUCAGCCAAGACUGCAUGCAGCACACCAAAGCCGAAUCGGACCGCUUCAUUCAGGAAUGGGCAGCCAAUGAUAUGGUCAGCGACCGUAUCAUCAACAGCCUUCAUUGCUCUAUGCUCGUCUCUGCCUUCAUCAAGAACUCUGGAUGCACAACCGAAUACCGCACACGACUGUCACGAGACAUUUCCUUCCUGCAGUGCUGUGGAAUCCAUCUGCUCGAUCGUUCGGAUCCUCCUCCUCAAUUAGUUUCACUCACUCCGUCGUCCCUGCAUCAGGCCCGGCACCUCUUCUGGGCCUACUAUCAGUGCGAUCGAUUCGUCUGGAUGCUUGAUCAGACACACUCAUACCAGAUCCGUCGGAGCCACGCGGACAUCCACUUCAAGGACCAACUUGUCUCGAUCAUCAGCUCAGCUUCGUCAGAAUGCGCCGAGGGCGUCAAGGCGCGUCACCGGGGCCAUUCGUCAAGAUACACCUGUUUGAUGAUCUGCAUCGCUGCAGCCACCGAAAUGAUCUCGGAUCAAUGUUUUGGUCUGGAAAUCUUCAAAUCGUCACCUUAA